GCCGCAACAGCAGCCAUGGCAAUGUUCUUUGACACUUUUUCCAUACCUCACGCACAAGACUCUCUUCAAAUAAUACAGUACAGUGGGCCUCCAAAGCCUAAGCAAACCUCUCGUCGGAACCCUUCAAAGACCUUGUCAAGCAAAGACAGUACAAGAUCGAACACUAAACUGGAGAAUAAGGAGGAUCCUGUACCAACGUCGGACGAAGUCGAAGUCAUUGAUUUGACAUACUUAGUUGGAGAAGGUGACAGCGACAUAAGCGGUAGCAGAGGUGGAGGAGAUGGUGAUAUCAACAGUUGCGACGAUUUUGCGCCCCAGUACGAAAGUGAAGGCGAAGAAUUUGAGCGGAACGUUCGAGAAGGCGCAAACGACGAGAGCUCAAAUAACCCAGCUCCUUCUGAAAACGUUAGUCAAGAAAAUACGGUCGUUGUCGAAGACAAUCAGCCUAGCGUAGAUACAGACGGGGGCGACUCGCACGAAAAUGAUGCGGGUACGCAGAUAAACAAUCGGCUUGAAGUUUCGAGCAUCACAGCUCUGAAUCUUCGCAGUGGGAAGUAUCCUAUAGACACGGAAAAUGACAUCGACUACGAUGCAUUUGGAAAAGCAAAGACUCGAAUGAGUGGAUUCCCAUGUCACAAAUUUCCAUCAAUUCCGCCAAUAAGCUUGUCGAAGAUGAAUAUCGAACAAUCAACGCGAGGCAGCCCUCCUUCGAUCGAAAACACGAGCAGUAGCAGCAGGAGCAGUAGCAGCAGCAGCAGCAGCAGCGGCAGCAGCAGCAGCGAUACCGAUACCGAUCACAAUGAUUGCGAUAAUCAGAUAGCGUGGCUGACCCGCAAGCGGAAACGCUUCCCGCCAACCAAGCAGCACAUUCGAUUAUCAAACAUGACAUCGAAGCAGCGCCUUAAGCACAAUGUGGGCCCAUCGAAGCAGCAAAUGCCAUCCCCAUCUAGCAGCAGCCAGUUCUCCAACUGUCCUUUGGCUCUGAAACCUCCUUCAGAACCACCGCACAGCCGAUGACAGCAGCGAUGAUAGCAGUGAAUAUCACUCGCGCAAGUAUAAGCGGAAGCGCUAUCAGGACACUUUGAACGACGAUGACGACGAAUAUGAGGUAGAGAAGAUUCUCGAUGCCCGUGUCUAUCGCAGGAAGCUACAGUACCGUGUGAAAUGGCUAGAAUAUGAGGAGGAUCUGGAGUGGUAUGAUGCGUCUAACUUCAAGAAUAGCCCGCACAGACUUCGGGAUUUUCAUGCGGCUAACCCUUUACACCCAGGCCCUCCAAGAAGGUUGGAGAUCUGGGUACAGUGCUGGGAGAUGGACAGAGAUGCGAGCAAUCAUCCUGACGAUAACAAGCCUGAAGAACUGACGAACUAGAUGGGAUACCAUUGGCAGACUGGCGUUUAAGACUUAG